UUACCAGGCGAGGCGAGCUCAGCGUUUAAGAGGGACAUUGAAAUGUCUUUUUGUUUUGUCCUGCGACGGAUUGCCCAACUCUUUUCUUAUUCAAAAUUAGAAUCAGUGGUACUCGCUUCCAACUCACCGAGCCGACUCACUGCAAAAAAUGAAUGAAAUGAUCUCCGGAGUGGGUGAUCCGGUGGUAACGGACGCAACAAAGGGCGGUGGAUCUGAUGCCGCUCGAAUUGCGGAAGUGAAGGCGUGGCUGGCGGCUCAGUUUGAUGCCGCCGGGAAGGAAGUCCCUAAUUUCGAAUACACUCCGCGAAGCAUCGCCCAUUUGUACAAUCUGGCUACUGUCUCGCAGGCCAAGACUCAAGCAGCCAACAUUGUUGCCAAUGAUUUUCGCCAGAAAGCCGCCGAAUACCGUUCUCAAGCGGCACGAAUUAGAGAGAUAUUGGAGAACGUAGGAUUAGCGCAGGAGAGUUUGCCGUCAAAUGUUGUUGCGUCGGCGCAUGUUCUGGCAAAUGUUGCUAAUUUGUUGAAUAUUCGAGACACUGAACUUAGUAGUUUUCUUGUAGCAAUGGGUGAUAUUUCUUUAAGAAAAACUGGGGUAGAGGAGAAGAGGGCUAAAGUGCACAAAGAGUCCAAAACUCUUCUCGAGUAUACUCGAAAAGCAAUUGCAAGGCUAACCUAUUUGAAAAGGACAUUAGCUCAACUAGAAGAUGAUGUGGCUCCAUGUGAGGCUCAAAUGGAAAAUUGGAAGACGAACUUGGGAGUUAUGGCAUCAAAGGAGCGACAGUAUGUGCAACAGUAUAACAACUAUAAGGCAUUACUAAAUCGUGUGGGCUACACGCCCGAAAUUAAUCAUGGGGUGUUGGUUGAAAUGGCUGAGCACAGGAAGGAAUUAGAGAAGAAGACCAAGCCCAUCUUAGAUACUUUGAGGAGCUAUCAGGACUUGCCUCCGGAUAAAGCUUUGGCUGCCUUAGCAAUCGAGGACAAGAAAAGGCAGUAUGCUGCUGCUGAAAAAUAUCUUGAAGACGUGUUGCAUUCAGCCCUUGCUACGUCAGAUUGAUUGCCUUAAAAUAGAUUUUGCUUUCUUGCUUCUAAAUGUGCCUUUUUUUUUUAAAAUUUUUUAUUGGAGAACUUCUGAAAGGUUGAGUUGGCCCAGGUGGUUGAAGCCGAAAGAAGAGUAUGCCAAGUCCUUAUUGACUUUCAGGGUUCCCCCCCCCCCUCCCCCCAACUUUUGUGUGUAUUGUGAUUUCUGUAAAUGCAGACAACUUAGAUUGAUAUGUUUCUAUGCACUUAAAACCUUUUCAUCAAGCAAAAUUGCCAUGAGAUUCAAGUUCUAAUGUGUUAUAUUAGUUCGAAGUUAUGGUAUAUGCUGUUUGUGCAUAUGUAUGCUUUUUCUGAUGUGAAUGCCAAGCGAACUUCUGAAAACCGCUCUCAUCUGUAUUUAGAUCUUUCCUUUGUUUAUUUAUUAAAAGAACAAGAGAAGAAAAAGAUGAUGUUUAAGAACUG